UAUUUCCAAUGCAUUAAUCAGUUACUUUGUCAAGGAAACUGACCAGGAAUCUUUACUUUCACAGUACAGAGAAAGAGAAAUUCAGAAAUGGGGAGUACAAUGAAAAAGAUAAUCGUUUUUGCUGUUAUGCUUAAAGGGAUUCUAGGUGUUCCUUUUUUUGCAGAAGAAGCUACAAAUCAGUUUCUAAGGCUUAAAAGACAAGCAUUCUCACAACAUUUAUGGGAACCAAAUAAUGUGGAGAAUUCAUUAAUGUCUACAAUAAAUGAACAGGCUUCUCAGAUACUAAACACAUGGAGAAAUUCUGCCCAAUAUUACAUAGAUGUAAUGAAAGAUGUGAUGAACCCUAGCUCAUAUGCAAUCAGGAGCCAAGACAGUGAUUACACAAACUUUUGGUGGACAACAUACGAAAAAACAAAAUGACUCCUGCAAAAGAACAUUUACAACCUAAAGAUAUAAAUUAUUUAAUUUGUAAUGUGUAUAAUUAAAGUGCUGGCUUUCUGUUAAGAUAUAUUGAAAUAAAAUAUUUUUUGAUGCAGUUAGCAAUUAGCAAGAAAAGUAAUUUUAUAAUUAUGCUACACUGGUGUGCGGCAACCUUUUAAGAGUUGGUAUGGGGAUGUUAUAUAUAUUCAGCAAUUUUUCUUUCUGGGAAUAUUAUUUUUACAAAGGCUAAAAUAUUACCUAAAACACCUGUGAUUUUUAACUUCCAACAGGAAGUCCAUAGAGUACUGUCUCGUUUUUAGAGAAAGCUGUGGGAUUUUGCACUGGGAACAGUUAUUUUUUUGAUCUGCAGCUACUUUAGAGGAUAGAAAGAUAUAUAUGUUCCAGAGUGAAAGCAUAGCUGACCGUGACUGCUUAUAAUAUGUAUUAAUAUGAAUAUAAAUUAAUUCAUAUAAUGUGAAUUUAUUAUAACAGAUUCAGUCAUGAGCUGCUAUGCUUUCACUCAGGACUCUCCAACUUUUUCUGAGAAGAGGGUCAGUAGGCAAAGGAGUUGUAUAUACAAAUACAAUAGGUGCAGUCUAUGGAGCCCUUGGGCACACAAAAAUACUUUGAGGAGACUAGUAAUGAGCGAAAUUUUUCGUCAAGUUUCACUGCAACAUGGAUUCUAAUGGGUGAAUAAAAUUGUUGCACAUCAAAAAUUUGGCGCGCGUAAAAAAAUGUUGCCCAUAGACGUCAAUGCAUUUGGUGAAUAUUUGCCUAAGUAAAAUGGGUCAAAUUUACCCAUCACUAGCGGAAACAUAAGUGGUUUCUUAUUCCAUGGGGUACAAGUGCUAUAGUGCUAAAGUGCUUUAGAGUAUACACCUUAGUGUUUGCUUACCAAGCACUUGCAUCCCAGAAAUAUGCUACUCUGCACUGAGCGCUGGAUCAAAAGUAGGGUGCUUGGUGCCAAGAGCAGUGUCAGGAGGUGAAGCCGAGAAAGAUAAUGCAACUGAGCAAACAUAACAUAAAUACUAGUUAUAUACUAAAUAGUAAUGUUUUGAGGACCUCGUCAAUUGAGAAGAAUUAGUUUUUUGUGGAUAACAGACUUUGUAACUAGGCAGUGUUUCACUUAUGUGGAACAAGUACUGUCUCGCAUAAAAAGUACAUUAAUUUAAGGGAUGAAAAACUGUUUGCCUUUUUAUAUAUAUCCCAAGUGAGGUCUCACUUUGAAUAUGUAGUACAGUUUUGGGUCUAGUCCUUAGGAAGGAUAAUAUUAAGCUGAACAGAGUUCAUUGACAUUAAACUAAACUGGUAAAAUGCAUGGAACAAUUAAAAUUUGAGGAAAUAUUGAGCAAAUAUUUUUUAUAUAAUAGGACAUUAUAGAUAGAUAAAUAAAGGACAACAUGCCAACCUUUAGACUUGAUGAACAGAAUUUUUUUCAGUGUGAGGACAGUGAAGUUGUGGAAUGUACUAAUGAGAAAUUCUCUUAAUGACAUUAAUAAAAAUAAAGAGAACCUU